CGCGUCAUAUCAUAUCACUCCCUUGUUGUUGCCGCAAAUAAGCUCUGUCUGCGCAGGCAACGAGCUAUCGUGGCUCUUUAAUCAAUCUUUUGAAGAGGCACUUUGGUGCUUCAUUUCUUUCCCUCUCUGUGAUUCCUCCAACUAUCGAUCAAGAUGGCGUCCCAAACACCGGCCGUUGUCAUGGACAACGGCACCGGUUAUUCGAAACUCGGUUUCGCCGGCAAUGAUUCGCCAUCGUUCGUUUUCCCCACAGCCAUUGCAACCAAGGGAUCAGGUGGUGGCUCUGCUGGCACAGGGUCAGGUCGCCCGGCAGUUGCGAACAAGCCAUCAUUCUUAACCGGUGGUGCGGGACCAUCGGGCCACCUGUCAUCGAAGCGGGGCACCGAGGACCUGGAUUUCUUCAUAGGAGACGAGGCAUUGGCAGCUGCAAGUGGUCCAGGCUACGGUCUUCACUAUCCUAUUCGUCACGGCCAGAUCGAGAAUUGGGAUCACAUGGAGCGCUUCUGGUCAAAUUCCAUCUUCAAAUACCUGCGAGUGGAACCUGAGGACCACCACUUCCUUCUCACCGAGCCUCCACUCAACCCUCCUGAGAACCGUGAGAACACGGCCGAAAUCAUGUUCGAAUCAUUCAACUGCGCUGGUCUCUACAUCGCCGUGCAAGCCGUGCUCGCUCUUGCCGCAUCAUGGACAUCCUCAAAAGUCUCAGAUCGCUCCCUUACUGGCACUGUUAUUGACUCUGGUGAGGGUGUGACACACGUUAUCCCCGUGGCCGAGGGUUAUGUCAUUGGCAGCGCCAUCAAGAGUAUCCCCAUUGCUGGACGAGACAUUACAUAUUUUGUGCAGCAGCUUCUCCGAGACCGUGGCGAGCCCGACAGUUCUCUGAAGACUGCAGAGAAGAUUAAGGAGGACUUUUGCUACGUUUGCCCCGACAUUGUAAAAGAGUUCUCUAGAUUCGACCGCGAGCCCGAGAGAUUUGGAAAACACACUGUCAACCACCCCAACGGUCGCUCCGUCACCGUGGAUGUUGGAUACGAACGAUUCUUGGCCCCCGAGAUCUUUUUCAACCCUGAAAUCUACUCGUCAGAUUUCCUGACUCCUCUCCCCACCAUUGUUGACGGCGUCAUUCAGACUUCGCCUAUUGACGUCCGAAGAGGUUUAUACAAGAACAUUGUCCUUUCGGGUGGUUCGACGCUAUACAAGGACUUUGGCCGCCGCCUGCAGCGAGAUAUUCGCCACUUGGUGGACGCCCGUAUCCGCGCCUCCGAGGCUCGCAGCGGAGGAGCAAAGAGUGGUGGACUCGAUGUGCAGGUCGUGACGCACAAGCGACAGCGACACGGCCCCUGGUUUGGCGGUAGCUUGCUCGGCCAGACUCCCGAGUUCAAGAGCUAUUGCCAUACUAAAGCCGAGUACGAAGAGUUUGGUCCUAGCAUUGUGCGAAGAUUUGCUCUGCUCGGUGGCCCUGGUGGAUCGUAGAUGGAAUGUCGAGAAAAAUGCCCGAGUAGAUGAAAGAAGACUUCCAUCGAGACGCAAGGGCAAGAUUUAGCUACCUACUUACCUACCUACCUAGUAUUCCAGAUUUUUCACACCUUCAGUACCUGUCUGUAUCUGUACCGUACUCACCCCGGCGGUUUACCUUGUCAAAUGAGUUUUUACAAAAAUUGAAAGCUUUACAAAUAUCUUUUGCAACAU